AGUUUGUUGUUUCUACGGUUAUCACAGCAAUUCGUUGCACUUGAUAGCGAUAGGAAGCGAGGGAGAAAGAGAGAAAUCUUUCAGUAGAGCUUCGAAUAAAACAUGAUAUGAGUGUCGACUUGCCAUUCAAUUUCUUAAAGCAAGUUCAUGUGUAAGCAAUCUCUAUUCUCGUCGUCUUGCCGGGCGGUCUUUCACCUCACUUAUAUAAUUACAAAACACUGUCAAACCGAAUAAAUCCAAAUACAAACAGGCGACAGAAAGAGACGCAAUAUUCACCAUGCGAACGUCAUUUCACUUUCCAAUUGUGUCUGUUAUCUUGUGUAUGCAUCUUGUAGUGUUUGCAUUGAAUGUGAAGAGUAUUUUUUUAUGUUGCAGGCAAAAAUGUCAAUCGAACCGAUUGUUUUAGUGCAUGGAGGUGCUGGAGACAUUCCUGAUUCACGCGAUCAUGGCAAAUUAGUUGGAUGCAAAUUGGCAACGAAAUUGGGAUACGAAAAAUUGCUAUCUACCGGAUCCGUUUUGGAAGCGGUCGAAGAAGCUGUUCAGAGUAUGGAGUUGGAUGAAUUCUUCAAUGCUGGCUACGGCUCUGUCCUGACUUACGAUGGAGAUGUUGAAAUGGAAGCUAGCAUCAUGAAUGGCAGCAAUUUAAAUGCGGGAUGUUGCACUUUGGUCCAAGACAUUUAUCAUCCAAUUUCCCUAGCCAAGCGUGUGAUGCUGAAGACCAACCAUACAUUCUUGGGCGGACAAAGUGUUAUGAAAUUUGCACGUGAAGAAGGUUUUGAAAUCUUGCCUCCCGGUGCAUUGGUCACUGAGUUUGCCAUAGAAGCACUAGAAGAAUACAAACGUCAGCAUAAACUCGGCUUGGAUGUAACGAAUGCACCGACUGAAAUUGGCGAUCGUCGCAGAAAAGACGAGAUUGGUACAGUUGGUGCUGUGGCUAUUGAUAGCGAAGGUAAUUUGGCUGCCGCAACAUCAACAGGUGGCAUUACAGGAAAAUUGCCAGGCCGCAUUGGAGAUACACCGAUUCUUGGCGCUGGAACUUAUGCAGACAACUUAAUGGGUGCCAUUUCAACCACUGGUCACGGAGAAACUAUUUUGCGUUACAAUGUUGCCCAACGCGUCCUCCAGCGAAUGGAUUUAUUAAAAGAGAGCCCUCAAAUAGCAACGAAAACUAUUUUACGCGACAUGAGUGAUCGCUUGCCAUAUACCGCUGGUGCCAUAACCCUCGACACUAAGGGUGAUGUUGGCAUUUACUUCACUUCAUUGAAAAUGGCUUGGACCUAUCGCAAGGGGAACAAAGUCUACAGUGGCAUACGUCCCGGUGAUAAUUUCGUUGAAGACGCUUGAUUGUACUAUUGUACUUAAUGCUCAAUCCCAUGCAACAAUAUGCCAUUUUUAUACCUUAUAAACAAAAUAUUGAGCGCUAUUAACAAAUGCUCAAUUGAUAAUUAAUAAAAAGUGCUGACUGGAUUUUAUUUUGAAA